AUGUUUUUUAGACUACUGGCUAUUAUUCUUGCAGUAUUCCACACAUGGCCGCUGAACUGCGCUCAGACAAAUAUGAACAAUUAUAAGCGGACACUGGCUCAGGGAGCAGACAGAGCGCUUGCUGGUGUAGGGAGAGAGCGCUGCGGCUCUAUCAGCCGUAAGCGGCCGCCGCGCUCCACGGCGCAGCACUACCCCCUAGCGGGCGUGCCUGGACGGUACACUCACUUGACAGACCUGCAAAUAAGAAAAACUCAAAUAGUAAGGUCAUGUUCCAACGGGUGCAGCAGGUUAAGUGGCUCUGAAUUGCUCGAUGACCUUAACUUUAAUACGAAUGAGAAGGACAUAUAUGAUGGACCAAAGGAAGAUUCUUUCAUAUGGGAGAGAGACGAAAAACAGACAAUCUCAAAGAUCAAAAAGGCACAGUGGGCAACUUACCCUGUGUCAACAAUUAAGUCAUCUAGUUUAGCAAAAGACAUGGACUCAUACAAGCCAUUUAAAUCAACAAUAAAAGGACACCCAGAGCAAAAUCACAUGUCAUCUCUGCAGAGGGAACAGGGUGGUGGUUUUAUAGACAGCUCCACCUUAGUAAGAAGGGUUGCACGCAGCCUUGGAGAGUUCCACAGUAAAGAAGAAGAGAUUUCAGAAGAUAAGGAGCAAAGUCAGAUCCAUCACACUGAUUACUCAGCAGAAAGUGAGGAGUACACCGGAGAGCAAGGAGGGUUGCAGACCACUGCUGGGGAACUAUGGAGGGCAGAUGUACGGGAUGUCCCAGCAAAGUGGAUGACUGCGUUGUAUUUCAAUGGACAGGCUGAGCAAAUAAAGAUGAACCCUGCAUUUGCCAUAGAACAGCCCCGCUCUAGGUUCACUUUAGAGUUGUGGGUCAAGCCGGAAGGGGGCCAGAAUAAUCCCGCCAUCAUAGCAGGUGUGUUUGACAACUGUUCAUAUCCCUUUAGUGAAAAAGGUUGGUCUGUCGGCAUUCGAACAGUAGACUCUACUGGAAGAAAAGAUGGCAGGUUUUUCUUCUCUCUUCGCACAGACCGUGCCCUCAAAUCCACCAUAAUCACCGGACAUCAGCGCUACCAGCCUAACAGCUGGACUCAUUUGGUGGCCAGUUAUGAUGGCCACAAGAUGGUGCUCUACAUAGAUGGCUCCAAGGUUGGUGAGAGCACUCAACAGUCAGGCGACCUGUACAGUUUGUACAUCAAGACCUGUCGCCUGUUUCUGCUGGGAGGGGACCAGUCUGAUAACAAACAUAGUUUCAGAGGGCAUUUAGGAGGUGUUGUGCUAUGGGGUUAUGCACGUUCUCAUGAAGAUGUCCUUAAAAUUCACCACCACAAUGCAGGGAUGCAAGACCCCAUUCUGGCUCAAUGGGCAGAUUUCUCAGAGGUAGAGCAUCAGUGGGUGCCUUACAAAGACCGUCACAACCCAUCCAUUGUGGCACUUCCCAUUCCAGAGCAACAGCGUGUGUCUUCAUUUCUGCCUCCUACAUGUGGGGUGACCAUAUGUGACAAUGCAGACAUUGCCCUAAGUUAUAACCAGCACUGGCAACUGAGGGCAGAGAAGCGCCUACGUUACCGUGUUGUGAACAUCUGCAAGGAUGAUGGUAGUGAUCCCACGGUCUCUCUGCAGCAGAUCCAGCUGCAACACAUGGCCUUGGAAGAGGCCUUUCGGGCGUAUAACAUCACAUUGGAGCUCAGCAUCCACACCAUCUACAACUCCUCCCUACAAUACCGAUUCAUACUCAGUACCUGCCACAUUGCCAAGGUGGGGAACCGCCACUGCGAUCCAGAGUGUGACCAUCCUCUCACGGGCCAUGAUGGGGGUGACUGCUUGCGCAUGGGGCCCUGCUACAACUGGAAGAGGAGUGAUGGAGUCUGCAACCCAGAGUGCAACAGAAUUCACUAUGAUUAUGAUGAUGGUGAUUGCUGUGAUCCUGAGGUCACCGAUGUCACGAAGACCUGCUUUGAUCCGGAGUCUCCACACAGGACCUACCUGAGUGUGAAGGAACUGAAGGAUCUGCUUCAUCUGAGCAGUUCAGACACACUGAACGUAUUCUUCGCUAAUAAUUCAGCACGUGAGGAGCUUGCUGGGGUUGCCACCUGGCCAUGGGCCAAAGAAGCCCUUACACAUCAAGGUGGAAUGAUACUUAACCCUGCUUACUUUGGCACAAAAGGACACAAAAACACCAUGAUCCAUGAGAUGGGCCAUAUUUUUGGACUGUACCACGUUUUUAAGGGCGUGAGUGAACGCGAGUCAUGUGACGAUCCUUGUCAAGAGACCACUGCAUCCAUGGAGACGGGUGAUCUCUGUGCCGAUACAGCACCAACACCAAAGUCUAAAGUUUGCCACGACCCUGAUCCAGUCAAUGACACUUGUGGCCUUACCCAAUACAAAGACACACCUUACAACAACUACAUGAGUUAUACAGAUGAUGACUGUACAAACCAUUUUACACCAAAUCAAGUAGCUAGGAUGCACUGUUAUGUUGACUUGGUCUACAAAAACUGGGUUCAUGGCAGAAAGCCCACCCCCAUUCCUCUUGCGCCAAUGGUGGUUGGUCAAGAUGCAGAUUCUGUCUCAAUUAAUUGGCUCCAUCCAGUCAGUGGGCCACUUGGCCACAGUGAGGGUGAUGUGAGCUGCCAGCUCUGUGAUGAGAAUGGUGCAUUCCAUCAAUACGCCUUUGAAGCCACGUCACCACAUGCCUGUGAUUCCACUGGAUACUGGACACCAGAGGAAGCAGUGGGGGCCCCUGAUGUGUACCAGCCCUGUGAGCCUAGUAUGCAAUCCUGGAGUCCUGAGGUCAACCUCUAUGAAGCCAACAUGACCACACCAUGCCCCCAGACCGAAGGCUGUUUGCUGGAAUUACGCUUCCUUCACCCUGUUCUUCCUGACAGCUUAACCGUAUGGGUCACCUACACCUCAGCCAAUAUUAAUCCAAUUGCUAAUAUCGUGUUUAUCCUGGAAAAUGGCGAGUCGGUCCACACAGGCCCUCAGCAUGCUUUCUGCGAUAUUCCUUUGACGCUACAUGUACAUACUAGUAAGAAGGUCAAGGCCAUUAAAAUCUCAACCUUUGACAAGAAGCUUGAGAUUGACGCUGUCCUGCUGACCUCGCAGCCCCAGAAUCCUCUCUGCUCCAACUGCCGUCCCCUUCUCUACAGAGUGCUCAGAGAACCACCAAUAAGAGAGGACCAAAGUCCUGUUGUCGUCCGACAGCCCACAUACACUGACAGUGAUGUGAAGAAGGACAUACAGUACCGGUACAGGAUCCAGGUGGAGUCGGACGGUUUAUUCAGUGAACUUUCCCCAGCACUUGUUUACACUCAUGGAGAACAUUUCUGUGGUGACAGCUCACUACAGGGAACUGAGCAGUGUGAUGACGGGAAUCUCAUAGAUGGAGACGGCUGCUCCAAAAAAUGCCAUGUUGAGCCAGGAUUCAAAUGUCAUAGUCAGCCUAGCCUGUGCUAUGUGUUUGAAGGGGAUGGAGUGUGUGAGGAGUUUGAGAGAGGAUCCAGCAUUCAGGAUUGUGGCUUUUUCACUCCGCAGGGCUUCACAGAUCAGUGGGCGUCCACUGCUUUAGGGUCUCAUCAGGACCAGAGGUGCCCUGCAUCAAGGGUCACCGGAGAGCCUGUGCUCAAUCAGAUGUGCAAGUCACAAUAUUUUGACAUAAAUGAAGUAGUGACACCUGAGACAUGGACUCCCUGCACUGCCCAUCUUAACAGCUACUAUAAUCAAGAUCAGCCUGUUUGGCUAAAGGUAGGAUUUGAGAUACCCGGUGUAGCAGUGUCUGUUAUUAUCUACAUGGCCUAUGAUGGUAGUUGGAAUGGAGAGAAUUCCAGGAAAACAGUGACCAUACAACUGUGCGAUACCACUGGGAAAAAACACAUUCUUGGUUCGUACGAGCUGUCAUGCCAGCGUAACCCCCUAGUAGUGAACGUGACUCAUAACUUGAGUGUGCCAUUCUAUCAGACCUCAGCAGUGCAGCUCAACUUCUCCUCCUCUCAAGUGGCUGUGCUGGCGGUUGCAUUGCGUACAUCUUGUCAAUUCAGCGCCUUUGCCCUGACCGGAUGUGUGCGUAGGCUGUGCAGUACAGAUUCAUGUGGUCCUUUGAAAGUGGACCACGCUUCAGUGCGCUGUACUCCAGACAUAGACACUAAACAUUGCUCUGUUUCUUGUCAUCGUGGCUACACCCUCACUGUUCUCCAUGGCCAGGGCUUUUCUUCUCUUCGGACGGAAGCAGAGCUGAGCUGUGUGCAUGGAGUGUGGGACCGUAUAGUGAGCUGUCAGCCGGUGGACUGUGCCCACCCUCCUCAGUCUCAUGUCUAUUUUGCGUCCUUCUCGUGUCCCUGGGGCACCACAUUUGGCAAGCAGUGCACAUUUUCCUGUAACGCCCCUGCUAUCCUGCAAGGGGAAAGUGACACAUUGGUUUGUCUUGAGGAUGGGCUGUGGUCAUACCCAGAAGCUUACUGCAAGAUUGAAUGCCAGAAUCCACCUUCUGUACCCAAUUCCAAGCUACUAGUUCUCCAGUGUGAUGAGGAUGGACAUGAUGUGGGCACUGUAUGCCGUUACAAAUGCAACCCAGGAUAUUAUGUUACUGGCACGCUUGACAAAAAGCCAAGAAAGAAGUUUCUGAGGUUGGAGUGUUUGGAGGGGGGGAAGUGGCAGGAGGGCAGCUGUUCACCUGUUACGUGCCCUGCUUUGCCUCUGAUGUUUGAGGGCAUGUACACCUGCACAAACAACUUCAGCUUUGAUAGCAUCUGCACCCUACAGUGUCCUAACCUAACAGAAAGGUCCAGCAUUCGCUGCACAAAAGACGGCAGAUGGACCGAGGACUUCACUAUGUGUAAAAAGAUAGAGGGAUCAUGCCAGGCUCCUCUUGACUUUAACCUGGUGGAAUACAUCUGUGACGAGGGCUUUGAUGUGGGUGCGGUCUGCUACCCGACAUGCAUUGUGGCCUUAAGUGACCCUGUAGUGUUAGCCAAUGGCACUUCAUCUGAUACAGUAGAGCACUGGAUUCUUCCCAGCAAAGUUCAGAGCAUUGUCUGUGCUGGCAUGUUGAAGUGGCAUCCAAAUCCAGCACAUAUCCACUGUAUUCAGGCAUGUGAGCCAUUUGGUGGAGACGGUUGGUGUGACACCAUCAAUAACAGAGCGUAUUGCCAGUAUGACGGAGGGGACUGCUGUCCAUCAACUCUCUCAUCUAAAAAGGUCAUUCAGUUCGGAGUGGACUGCGAUCACGAUGAGUGCACCUGCCGUGACCCUGAAGCUGAGGAGAACAAGGGCACAGCCAAACACAAGGGGCAAGAGCUGCUAUGAAUAAUAUUGAGGCAGACUGCGUGAACAGCUCCAAUGCUGACUGGAAAAGAAAAUGGAAUAAAAUAACCUGAAUGGUUCUUCCCUUCACAUGAACAGAUAGGCUGUAUUCAAAUGCAGUAAUUCAAACCAUUCAACACUAAUCUAUAAGAUAAUAACUAAUAUAUAUUUUCCAAAAUCUCUAACAUAGUUGUAGGGGUAGAUAUGUCCAAUGUUUACCCCACAAACAUUUAGAACACAAAUAUCAUUGUUUGUUUCACAUGUAGCUAUUUUUUUUAUGAAUAGUUUAUACAAAUAUUAAAUUAGCUCUUGCUUGUUGUGCUAUAUCAAUGUCUCAGAUCUAACAAUAUUAGUUAAUUACAUAAAAUAAUACUUAUCUCUCAACUCUUCAUGCAAACUUCAUCCCAACCACCCUGUUUUUUGUCCAUAUUUGUUUGUCUUUUACCACCAGCAGU